AUGUCUGUUUCUGUAGAUGAAGAUAUUCUAUUUCAUGAUCCAAAUAGGGGUGUACUUGAAAUGAAUGAACCUCUUAAUGAUGGUUUAUUUGAAGAGCAUCAUGAAAUUCAAGAUGGAUGUACAGAAGAAGAAUAUGAAACUGAGGAAACAGAGGAGGAGGAUGAAGAGGAAGAGUUUGAAGAAGACAUAGAUAAUAUGACUCGAGAUGGAUAUCGUACCAGCAAGUCCAUAGGCAGGAGUAAGGCUGCUAAUCAUGCAAAAAUUCCUUCUAUUCCAGCUCCAGUGACCGAACAGGAUGAUACAAGUUCCAUUCCGAUCAUGCCACCCGAUCAAACACCGAUCAUUCCUGAGAUAUCUCCUAUUUCACCUAACCAAAGUAGCCCAACAGGACAGAAUAUGAAUGCUCAAAGAAACACAGCAGCUGAGGCAAUAUCUAGUCAGAGAAAUGUAUCUGCUUCAGGAGAUUCUAGUCGUAACAAUAGCCCAGGCCUUAUUUUUUUUACUUUUUCAGGGUUGGAACCAUCUUCCAAAUGCUCCAGUUCCAUUACAUUGUCUUUCAAAAGUGAAGUUGAUCCUAAUGGGAUCAACUGGAAAGGUAUUUCACAAGAUGUCAAAGAUGGUUAUUUUGGAGAAUUUAAGAAGAAUUUCUAUUGGGAUGCUUCCGUUAGUGAAGUUCUGUCCGAGAUAAAUUCAAAGAAUCGUUGUGGUGGACAUGAAGUAGCUGCUGGGACACACACUGGUGGUUCUAUCACAGCUGGAGAGCACCGAAAAAAACUUGCUCUUAAAAUAGGUCGAGAUUCAACUCCAAGUGAGUUACAUUUGCACGUUCAUACACAUAAUCAUGAUGAAAAAUCUUUUGUUGGUGAGCGUUCCCGACUUCUACAUGAAAGGUAUGAAGAAAUUAUACGGAAAAAAGUACAAUGUAAAUCUGAAAUAGAUCAAUUGGAGACAUAUUAUGAAGCUAUGGGAGGAAAAAAGAAGAAAAGAUUGUUUGGUCUUGGAUCUGAAGCUACAAGUUACUUUGGUAAAAAAUUAUGUGCCUGCAAUGCUUCCACAUCAUCAGUACCACCUUCGAUUUCUUUACCGACAACAAAUAUGGAGGAGUUGGUGAAGCAAUUGAUUUCGGCCCUUACUACUCAUUUUCUUCCGAUAGUUAUUGAUCGUGUUGGUGGUACUAGGGUACAAGAUGGGGUCGUGCUUGAUCCUCCUCCUACUGAUGAUAAUGAUGACGACGUUGAUUCGUAG